UGCGGCGCACCGGCUGCGGGAAAGGCGAUGUAGGCAGUGCUGCUUGCCUGCAUAGCCGGUUUGGGUUGCGGGAGGCGGCCGGGGGAGGAGCGUGGCGGGCGGGCGUGGCCAGUCGGCGGCCGGGGCUGUCCGGGCGGCCGGGCCAUGCAGGGCUCGGAGGCGACGGAGCUCUGCUGAGACCUGGCUCUGAGCGUCCAGGGGCGGCUGAUGCCCUCCGCGCUCCCCACUCCGCUGCACCAGCCGGGCCGCAUCUGGACUGGGCACCGGGCGGCGAGGCCGACCCCAGGCCACGAUGCUGCUUGGGGCGUCUCUGGUGGGGGUACUGCUGUUCUCCCAGCUGGUGCUGAAACUUCCCUGGACUCAGGUGGGAUUCUCCCUGCUGCUCCUUUACCUGGGGUCUGGUGGCUGGCGCUUCAUCCGGAUUUUUUUCAAGACCAUCAGGCGUGAUAUCUUCGGCGGCCUGGUGCUCCUGAAGGUGAAGACAAAGGUGCAGCGGUACCUGCGGGAGAAGCGGACAGUGCCCCUUUUAUUUGCCUCUACGGUACAGCGCCACCCUGACAAGACAGCCCUGAUUUUCGAGGGCACAGAUACCCACUGGACCUUCCGCCAGCUGGAUGACUACUCAAGCAGCGUGGCCAACUUCCUGCAGGCCCUGGGCCUGGCCUCGGGCGAUGUGGCUGCCCUAUUCAUGGAGAACCGCAACGAGUUCGUGGGCCUGUGGCUGGGCAUGGCCAAGCUGGGCGUAGAGGCAGCACUCAUCAACACCAAUCUCCGGCGGGAUGCCCUGCGCCACUGCCUGACCACCUCGCAGGCACGGGCCCUCGUCUUUGGCCGCGAGAUGGCCCCAGCUAUCUGUGAGAUCCAUGCCAGCCUGGACCCCUCAAUGAGCCUCCUCUGUUCUGGCCCCUGGGAUCCCAGCGAGGUGCCCGCUGGCACAAAGCAUCUGGACCCCCUGCUGGAAGAUGCCCCUAAGCACCCGCCCAGUGCCCCUGACAAGGGCUUCACAGAUAAGCUCUUCUAUAUCUACACAUCAGGUACCACUGGACUGCCCAAAGCCGCCAUUGUAGUGCAUAGCAGGUAUUACCGCAUGGCUGCCUUGGUGUACUAUGGAUUCCGCAUGCGGCCAGAUGACAUUGUCUACAACUGCCUCCCCCUCUACCACUCAGCAGGAAACAUCGUGGGACUGGGGCAGUGCUUGCUCCAUGGCAUGACAGUGGUGAUCCGGAAGAAGUUCUCAGCCUCCCGGUUCUGGGAUGAUUGUAUCAAGUACAACUGUACGAUUGUGCAGUACAUCGGCGAGCUAUGCCGCUACCUCCUCAACCAGCCACCCCAGGAGGCGGAAAACCAGCACCGGGUGCGCAUGGCGAUAGGCAAUGGCCUCCGGCAGUCCAUCUGGACCAACUUUUCCAGCCGCUUCCACAUCCCCCAGGUGGCUGAGUUCUAUGGGGCCACUGAGUGCAACUGCAGUCUGGGCAACUUCGAUAGCCAGGUGGGGGCCUGUGGCUUCAACAGCCGCAUUCUGUCCUUCGUGUACCCCAUCCGGCUGGUACGUGUCAAUGAGGACACCAUGGAGCUGAUCCGGGGGCCUGACGGCGUCUGCAUUCCCUGCCAGCCAGGUGAGCCGGGCCAGCUGGUGGGCCGCAUCAUCCAGAAGGACCCCCUGCGCCGCUUUGAUGGCUACCUCAACGAGGGCGCCAACAACAAGAAGAUUGCCAAGGAUGUCUUCAAGAAGGGGGACCAGGCCUACCUCUCUGGCGAUGUGCUGGUGAUGGAUGAGCUGGGCUACCUGUACUUCCGAGACCGCACAGGGGACACGUUUCGCUGGAAGGGAGAGAACGUGUCCACCACUGAGGUGGAAGGCACGCUUAGCCGCCUGUUGGACAUGGCCGACGUGGCAGUGUAUGGCGUUGAGGUGCCAGGAACUGAGGGCCGAGCUGGAAUGGCUGCUGUGGCCAACCCCGCUGGCAGCUGUGACCUGGAGCACUUUGCGAAGGUUCUGGAAAAGGAGCUGCCCCUAUAUUCACGCCCCAUCUUCCUGCGCUUCCUGCAUGAACUACACAAGACAGGGACCUACAAGUUCCAGAAGGCAGAGCUGCGAAAGGAGGGCUUUGACCCAGCUGUUGUGAAAGACCCACUUUUCUAUCUGGACAGCCGGAAGGGCUGCUACCUCCCGCUGGACCAAGAAGCCUACACUCACAUCCAGUCAGGCGAACAGAAGCUGUGAUUUGCCCCCGCAUCCCUCUGAGGGCCAGCAGAUGAUGGAUCUAGAGCCCCAGCUCCCGCCCCAGAGGGGUCCUGGGUGAUGCCAGACCAAAGCAAGCAGGGCCCAGCACCUCCACCCCAAGGUGCUGACCCCAUCCCCCAAAAACUGCCAAGUGACUCACUGCCACCUUCCCCACCCCUGCCAGAGGUUUUCUGUGAAAGCUUCAUGUCCAUGUUAUGUCUUCAAGGCCAGUAGGGCCUCCGGGCCCCAGGCUGAGACUGACCAGGCUCCCUCAGGAUGUCUUGGGUCAGGGCAGGGAGUGGUGGAGGGGUCACCGAGUUCUCCCCAGAGAGCAGGCACUCCUAAGUGGGACCAGGACAGACUCAGGAAGCCAGCAGAGUGGGCAGGGGCAGCACUGGUCCAGCCGAUCAGGUGGCCAAAGAGGCCCAAAUGUCGCUCAGCCCUGCCUGCGCCUCCGGGAGGGUAGGAGGAGGACCCAUCGUGGCCCCAGCUGCCCCAUCUGUGGCGGGAGACCUGGACAGAGUGCCCCUUCUCUCCUCCUCUCCCUGGGUCACUGCCUGGCUGUCCCUCAAGCAGGGCUUUUCUGUCUUUGUGGAUCUGUCCAUGUCACUCUCUCCAUCUCAGUCCUGGCCUGGCUCUGAGAGGAGGAGGAAUGGAGUGGGGGGCUCAGGGGCCAAUAAACUCUGCCUUGACUCC